AUGGCCCUGGACCCCCGUUUCUACCACCAUAUCGGCCACGGCUCCGGGCCUGGCUCCCAGUCCUCCGCCUCGUCAUCCGGGGUCUCUGCGAUAACCGGCAUCACCAGUCCUUCGGCUCAUUCGAUGACUGCCUCCGCCGCUACCUUACGAUCAACCGCGUCCAGUCCGUCGCUGCGCGCACGCGAGGGCGUAGCCGUGUCUGCGCACCACCGAGUCGACAGCAUGUCGAGUCCUUCCGGCGGCGGCAACGUGCGCGUUGUCGUCCGAGUGAGAAAGUUCCUUCCCAGAGAAAUUAACCGCAAUGCCGAAUGUCUGAUCAGCAUGGAUCCGCAUACGCAGACGACCAAGCUACGAGCACCCCAGAUCAGCCCGGAAGACGAAGGAAAGCCUAAAUCGCAGGCGCGCGGAAAGGUGUUGGAGGAUAAAUCGUUCGUCUUUGACAACUCUUUCUGGUCGCAUAACGAAAGAGACCCUCAUUACGCUCACCAAGAAGACGUCUAUAAUUGCUUGGGAGAAGAGUUCCUGGAUCACAACUUUGAAGGAUACCACACCUGCAUAUUCGCCUAUGGCCAGACGGGUUCUGGCAAGAGUUACACCAUGAUGGGCACGCCGGAAGCGCCUGGACUGAUCCCUCGGACCUGCGAAGAUUUAUUUCAACGGAUUGAGAGCGCCGAAUCUCCGGAUAUCAGUUUCAACGUGCGCGUCUCCUACUUUGAAGUCUACAAUGAACAUGUGCGCGAUUUGCUCGUCCCUCGGAGCGACCCGCCGCACUACCUUCGUAUUCGGGAGUCCCCGUUGGAAGGCCCGUACGUCAAGGACCUGACGGAGGUGACAGUUAAGAGCUUCGACGAACUCAUGAAAUUCAUGCGCAAGGGCGACGUAUCGCGCACUGUGGCCAGCACGAAGAUGAAUGAUACGUCGUCCCGAUCACACGCAGUGUUUACUAUUACUCUGAAACAGAUCCACCACGACCUUUCGACCGAUGAAACCACUGAACGCACGGCACGAAUACGUCUCGUCGAUCUGGCAGGUUCAGAACGAGCCAAGUCCACGGAAGCAACCGGUCAACGACUGCGCGAGGGGUCCAAUAUCAACAAGUCCCUGACAACACUAGGCCGAGUCAUUGCCGCACUGGCAGAUCCCAAACCGGGUCGAGGCGGCAAACGCAAGGGCAAGGAUGUGGUCCCGUAUCGCGAUUCAAUUUUGACCUGGCUGUUGAAGGAUAGUCUCGGGGGCAAUUCGAAGACGGCAAUGAUAGCAUGUAUCUCCCCCAGUGACUACGAGGAAACGCUCUCCACCCUACGAUACGCAGACCAAGCCAAGCGCAUUCGCACACGCGCCCGCGUUAAUCAGGACCAUCUCUCCGCUGCCGAACGCGAUAAGCAGAUCGCCGAGAUGGCGGAAACGAUCCGCACACUCCAGCUGAGUGUCAGCCUGGCAGCAGCCAACCGACGGGAGAAUGAGAUGCAGAACGAGCGCCUCGAAGAUUAUCAGCAGAAGGUAGAGAAGCUUCAGCGACUAAUGGAGGAGACGAAAAUGGUGAGUGAGUGUAAGAUCCGGCAGCUGCAGACAGAGAACGAGGCCCUGCGCAAUCACCUCAAGCUGGCCUUGGACAGUAUCCGGAACCCGAUCCCUCCGGUGGUGGUGCAUAAGCGCCGGAGUGGCCUAUACAGUGUGAAUGAGAACGAUGGCUCUCCGUCCAAUCGCAAGCGGCUCAGCCGUGCCCGAUCGCCUCCGUCUGACGUCGAGCCCGAACCCGAGCCGGACCUCAUCUGGGAAGACGAAGACACGAUGCAGAGCGAAGCCAGCCAUGUCGAAGCGCAGGAAAUGCAGACGCACAUGGAGAAUCUCCUGGACGACCUGAGCAUGUUCAAGCGCAAGUUAGCCACAGACCACGAGCGAUUCCGACCCAGCUGGAAGCCUGAAGGGCGGAAGCGACGACGAGCGCUGGGCGAUGUUUGGGCCAACAAUCGAUAA